UACAGCCCUUAAAAAAACUGAUACGUUGCUCUAACAGCACGUCGCCUCCUUCAAAAUUCUUUUUCAUUUUAACUUAAUUUUAGUAUUAUUUUAAGUCGGCGAGAAAUUGACGUAAUUUCACUCCCAGCAAAAAAGUGAGACAAAACGUUGAAUGUUGGUUGCCGCAGCGCAGCAUUCACCAAACGGCCAUACCAAAUAACUAAAACCAAACCAAAGUCUAGUCCCCUUGAGGGCGGACCAAACGAAGCUGAAAUUUCAUCUUCCAUCAAUUAUUUUUUCUUCUCAUUUCCCUCGACGUUCCCUUUCUCUUCUUCUAGGGUUUCUUUCCUCACCCUAACCAGAUCUCCCAUUCUUCACAAUGUGGCGCUCGCUUUGGCGAUCCAUCGAUCGCUUCUCUCUUCAACACUUCAAAUACGUAAUCACUGAAUUGCAGCAGAUCAGAGUUGUCAAUAAGCAGAACAGUGAAGCAGUGAUAGAUCUACUACAAACCAUCGUGGAGAUAGUGACAUAUGGUGACAGACAAGAUCCAUUAAUAUUUGAAUGUUUUAUGGAAUACCAAGUUUUAGCAGAGUUUGUACGGGUACUAAGGAUCAGUACAAGUGCAAAAAUUGAGGCACCAUUGCUUCAGUAUCUAAGCAUAAUGAUCCAAAACUUGGAUAGUGAACAUGCAAUUUAUUAUUGUUUAAGCAAUGACUAUAUCAACAACAUCAUAGCACAUCAAUAUAACUUUGAUGCAGGAGAUCUUGCUCUUUAUUAUGUGUCUUUCUUAAGAGCAGUGAGCAGCAAAAUAAAUAGAGACACGCUUUGCCUUCUUGUUAAGGUUCAUGGGGAUGUGGUCGUCUCAUUUCCUUUGUAUAGUGAGGCUCUUAAAUUUGCUCAACAUGGGGAAAAGAUGAUUCAAACAGCUAUACGUGCAUUGACUCUCAACAUAUACAAUGUUAGUGAUGAUAUGGUCUAUCAAUUUGUAACAACUCCUCCAGCCUCGAAGUACUUCUCAGACUUGGUUUCUAGCUUAUGGGAGCAAUGUCUACAUCUAGAUGCCCUAGUCCAUUCUACGGAGGAAAAAUGCACUCUUCAAAAGAACAAGGACAUAUUUCUGGAAACUGAUAAAAUUAUAGACGAUCUUUACUACUUCAAGGACAUUCUUUCUGUUGGCGAAUCUCGUUUACAUAGAGUUGUUACCCAAAAUCUUCUCAGUUUUCUUAUUUUUCCCUUGUUGCUCCCGCUACUGCAGUUAGGAGAGAAUAAAGGUAGCCACAACAUCUCAGCAGUCACUUCUCUGUACAUAGUUUCUCGUCUUCUUCAAGUUGUUGGUGGAAAACACUUGAUUAAUGCAGUGGCCGGUCUUCUUCUGUAUCAUUAUAUUACAUUAAGUGAGAGAGAUGCUACCAAUGGAGAUAGAACUGGUAUCUCAGCUAAUGCAAGUGCUCUUCUCCGCUCAUUGAAUGAUAUAAAUAUCAAGGUAUGUUCUGGUUCUGAGGCUGAAGGAGCAGAAGACAUCAACAUAAACAGUCUACUUGAACAUUUAGACGAGCAUAUAUCCUCAAAUUCUCAUUUUGAUGGCAGCCCUAAGGAUGAUAAUAUGUGUAUAGAGAGGAUUGGGAUUUUUGCAUAUUUAUUUUCAGACAAUGACAGUUUAUCAUUAGCAUCUCUAUUUUUACUAGUUACUCUAGCAGAAAAUAAAGAUUUGGAGCAUUUUCCUGCAUCAGUGAUUGGAAUAAGCCAAAGUCAGGACUUGAUGUUCUUUAACUGUUAUCUGAGACCACCAGUUUACUUGCUCCAGAAAAACCAUGACUCAGCUUUUCCAACAGUGGAUGGAAGUAUUCUUGUGAGACUUAUGCCUCAGAUUAUCAAGGCAUUAUUGAAGGUUUUAGCAAGCCAACCACCAGUUUCCCCACCAAGACAGUGGCAUACUGGGUGGUUUUUGCGAAAGCUACUGCAAUGUCAAGGAAAUAUGCUCACCGAUGAACAUAUCCACCUAUUCAAUACUUCGUAUGAGCAGUCCCAUGAAUGUCUUCAAAAAGAACUUGAUGGAUGUUGGUUUGAUCAUAUCCCUGAUACUAUAAGACAUGAGUGGGGAAGCUGUAAAAAAGCUCUCGAGGAACAAUCCCAAGCUAAAGAUCCCUUAUUUGCACUGGAGCUUGCAAUCUGCCAGCAACCCAUGGAUGGCAGUGUGAGUUCUUAUUUUGCUUGGCAGAGGAUGGUUGAUGCAGUAAAGGUUUUCAUUCUCCAUCUUCAGCUCAAGGCAUUUUUUUUCAUGGGAGUUUUACUUGAAAAACCUUCACUGAAGUCAUGGAGUAACAGUGAUUCUGGAAAAACUUAUCGUACAGAUAUUUCAUCUGCCAGCUUUGGGUCAGAAGUCUCUUUAGGAUCAGGAAUCCCUUGUAGGAUUGCUUUUUCAUAUGCUGGAGUCAGGGAUAUUUACCUAAUAGCAGUGGCAAGAGGAAUUUCUGGAAAAUUGAUUCUUGUAGAGAAGCAUCCUUUCCGGAGUCAACGAGGAACUGUAAUUGCCAUCGCUCCACUGGCAGGGUUAAGUCCCAAGAUAGAUGAAGACCACCCAACAUGGUUACAUCUCCGGAUAAGAGAAUUUGAUUCAAAAUUCAUUACAGCUAGUGCCAAGCAAUCAACUGUUUCCAAUCCUGCCACUGACGGGAGAUGGACACUUGGUUUUCCUAGUGCAAAGGCUUGUGAGACUGCUCACUUAUUGAUUCUUGAAGAAGUUUGUAAGCAGAGGUCCUUUGUUGAGAGCAUACUUGCUCCGCUGCUUCAGGAUGAUUAUCUAGGAAAUAUGUCGGAUAGCCAAGGCGAUUAAAGCUCCAGCCUGAGUUCUAGUCUUAUCAUCUUCUGGAGUGCAACUAUCGUACCCCUGCCCUCCUGUCUGCAGUUUGCACGUGCACGGUGCGUCAAAUUCUCUCUAUACCUCCUUAUCCUUUCUUUGCAUUUCCAGCUCUGCAUGACAUCAAAAGAUGCAUUAGUCGAAAUCGAACUGUGUAAAUCUUCUGUUCAUAUUUCUAGUUUCACCAUUUACCAGAAGUCUUAAAAGUUUCUGGCAGUUCUUUCUAAUGAAGUUUAAUCAGGAUAAAUGUUUAAGAACUAUCACAUAGUUGUAACUCAUUUAGCCAAUAGGACAUUUAUUUGAGACUAUAUAAUCAUGGCACUCGUAUUUUUUCUUAGUGAUCCUUUAGAAAGGUUCAAUUAAGAAAAAGGUGAACCUAACAGAAAUAGUGAAGAUAUAUACAUAGAUGAUUAACUUGUAUCAGCAACACCAUGAAUCUAGAAUAUAUGCAGGGGGGAGGGGAAUGUCCAUCCGUUGUACGAGAUUUUAUCUUAAUGUUCAUUUCAGGCUAAAGACACAAGAAAUUCCAUAUGCACAUCAAAGAGAA